CUGGGUUUCAGUAACACAAUUAUAUGUUAAACAAAUGAAAAAAAAAAGAAAAUCCUCAGACAAAUGCCAGUGCAAAGACCUGAGGAUCUAGAACUGUCCACAUUAGGGAAAUGUGGCAUCAAUAGAUCAUUGGAGGGAUUUACUAUAUACCGGCAGAUGGAGCAAGUCAUAUUGUUCUCUUGUUUUUAAAGAGGCUACUGUGCCUUUAAUUGAGCGAUGGCUGGCAUUGGAUCCUGGCGGCACACCCCCUGCCUGUCUCUGUGCUGGUGUUAAUAGGACAGAGCAGGGAGAAUUACAGGUUAUUGUGCAACUGGUUUAUUGCUUUCUGCAAAUAUUCUUAUGGAAUGUUGAGUAAUCUGUUCUGUUUGAAGCCCGGGAUUGAAAUAGAACCAUCCUUACUAUUGCUACAAGAUAGAAAUGUAGUUUGGUUAGUGUUUCUAUUAAUACACCCCUGAUACAGGAACCCUUUAUUUUAUAGAGCAGCAGAUCGUUUCAUUGCAUGCACCCAGCAGUGCAGAGCUAUUGCUAAUGGUUACAGAUCUUCAGUUAGCACCGAGUUAACGAUUAAAGUGCCAUAAAUCUUAAUUGUCAUUGCAGAGCUGGUGAUGUCUGCUCGGCUCCCCCUCUCUCGCAUUCUGCUCCUGCCUUGUAGAAUGGCUUCCACGUCGGGUGCCUCCGGGCUCCCAGCUUCCCUCCUGCGAUCAGCUGCCUAUAUUGGGGGCUCCUGGCUCCGCAGCUCGGACUCCGCGUCCUUCCCAGUGCUGGACCCGGCUACUGGUGCGGAACUGGUGCAAGUGAGUGACUGUGGCCCCAGAGAGUGCAGGGAGGCAUUGAAAGCUGCGUCUGAGGCCUUCCUGACCUGGAGAGAGGUGCCAGCCAAGGUGAGCAAUGAAUGAAUGGUCUCUUUCCUUAGGUUACUGUUCUUAGCUGCAGUUCUCUAGUAAAUAAUGCUGUGGUGGCCAAAAGCCCAGCAGUUGUAAAACUCAAUGCGUUUUUUAUUUUAGUUUUUUUUAAUGAAACAAUAGAAAUUUGGUCUGUUAUCACGGUCACACAAUAUAGAUCCCAUGCACCCCUCACACACACUUUGUUUGUGUACUCAGCAGUCUGUGUCUGUACGUAUAUAUUGCAUUUGUUAAAUGUAACUAGACAUGUGUUCAUUAUCAGACGAAUAUGAUUUAGUCUGAAUUUUCAGACUUUUUCGGAUUCUUUAACUAUAACAUAAACGAAAGUCCUACAUACGAAUUCUAUACGAAACGAAAGGGCAACUACCAAACGCAUUACCUUUUCGUUUCUGUUCUUUUGUUUAUUAAACUCUGUGCUGCAGGAUAGGCAGAUAGGAAGGAGAGAAAAGUCACAGAGGAAGAUGGUAGAGUGCAAUACAUUGCAUGCUGAUGCCAAAUGUCAGGUUAAUUAAUUGAAUCUGUUACGGUGUGAAGCACCAAGUAGCUGUAUGUCUGAAAGCCAUAAGUAGGUCUGGAAACUGCAAAAUGUAAACUGUGUUGUUUCGCAGAAAUGGUAAUGUUUUCAAUUGAAAGAAUACACUGGCAGUAUCUAUGUCCAAAAAUCUCUUCAUAAAGAUGGAUUGCUUUCUGUGCUGUGACUGUCUCUUUACAUGGCUGUACUUUGUAUAUUGUUCAUAAUAUAACUGCUAUUUCUUUCAGGAGAGAAGUAUCCUAUUGCGCAAGUGGUAUGAAUUGAUGAUCCAGAAUAAAGACGAUCUUGCCAGGAUCAUCACAGCGGAAAAUGUACGUGUGCACAUCAUGGCUGGACUGUAAAAGAAAAAAAGUGUCUUGGCUUUUAAAUGCAGAGCAGCUCAAUGCGAGGGCAUAUUAUGUCAACAUCAAUGAUGCUUAGACCACCUUGUUAAAAUGUUAGUUUGAUGUCCCUCAAGACACAAUGCCCUAUGUUGGUUUUACACAGCACAAGCUAAUUUAAAGGGACAGUUUAGAUUUCAUAUGGCACCAUAACACUUCAACUGAAUGAAGUUGUAUGGUCCCAAAAGAGCUUAGAUCGUUUUUGACCGGUUAAACCCCGAAGUCGCUUCCAGUGCCGAUCUCAUCUCGCUCCCCCACACAGUGGCAUUCAGCUUCUGAAAUUUCACUUACUGGAACCAUUGUGCCCUUCCGGGCAGAGGCUCCGCUGACUGGCUGAGAGCAAUCAGCUGAUGCUCUCAGCAAAUCAGUGGCUCAUUCACAAAACAGGCUUGGGAAAAAAACUUACCCAGAGUCUCCUAGGGCCGGGUAAGUCCUAAAAAAAAAAACCACUUUUUUUUUAGGCUACCUCUAGGAGUGGAUUUAGAACAUGGUAAUUUUAAGGGAUUAGUCUCCACAUUUAUUUCCAAUGUAUCUUAUUCUGAUGACCAUAGUUGGUUCCAAUCUACCAGUUGCUGUCUAGUUUAUCUCCUAUAGAUCCUGCCGUGAGAGGCGGUGGAAUCACUUUAGUGUGAUUCCCGCUCUCGAGGUCAAUGCAGCUGCUUAGAAAAUUGGCACAUGUUCUCUGCAGCUAAUGAUUAGCAGGCUACAGCUAAACUAGCAUCUAAGUUUUAAACAAUAAAGUAUUUAACGAUUGUGCAUGGGGCGUUUGCUGCGAGUCUCUACCAGACUCUAAUCUAUUAGAAUGAUUUUCGCAACAUAGUUUCCUUUACCUCAUUAUUUGAAAUACGGUAUUUCUAAUCUAAUGUGCACUUCAAUUUUUGAAACCUGGAAGCCAAUUUGCUAAUAAAUUCAACCUGACAUGUUAUAUAGAUAAAUAUAAUUGCUGUUCCUGCUUAGGAAAACUACCCCAAGCAGAAUUAAUUUCACCUAUGAUGUUGUUACUUUUGAUGCAAUGCCAGUGCUUUUGUCACUGUUAGAUUCAAUUUACAAGAUACUACUACUGUGGCCUGGGUGAGAUUCACAUUGCAACAAAGAUAUGAGGUACAGCUUUACUGUAAAGAGAAACCAAGUCUUGCAUCCCUGCCGCAGUAAUGCGAAUGUGAAUUUUCCCUGGGUGAAUUUAGAAUUUCGCCCUGACUCUAAUGCGCCAUUGAAACUAAUGCAUAUUAACAUUUUGGAACCUUUAUUUUGCCAAAAAAGGGUGUAAUUAGAUUUGAGUAAAUACGGUAGUUGAUUUCUGGAUAUAGGGGUUAUUGCUUAACAGUAUGCAGUCAGAAUCAUAACAUUGUAGAAUGUAACUACCAUAAGAGGAACUCUCCCCCUAUAUGUAAUCUGCUCAGUGAUCACUACAUUGUUGCAAGAAGUAUCCAGCAGAGGGAAUAUUAAACAGAAUAAAUGGAAUUGGAAAGUUAAAAUUCUGUGUGUGUGUAUAUAUGUAUAUGUAUGUAUAUAUGUGUGUAUGUGUAUGUAUGUGUAUGUGUGUAUAUAUAUAUAUAUAUAUAUAUAUAUAUAUAUAUAUAUAUUUUUUGUUCUAAUUACAUAAUGAUUGAUAAUUUUUCUUUUACUUUUAACUCAUUAGCUCCUCUCUUUCUGAUCUUACUUUAAGCUAGAUGAGAUGUUGUUUGUUCUGUUGAAAAGGUACCAUAAAUUAGCCAGUUGAAACUUCUUUAAACUUUGAACAUGCAAUAAUUGUGACUAUUCUGUUUUAUAGUUUAAAAAAGUGCUUAAAGUAUUUUAGGUCAUUUUUUUAAUUUCAUUUUUAAAAUUUAUUUUAUGUUAUCUUUUUAGGGAAAACCCAUGAAAGAAGCCCUUGGGGAGAUUAUGUAUGCAGCUGGCUUUUUUGAAUGGUUUUCAGAGGAGGCACGACGUAUAUAUGGAGACGUGAUAUCUGUACCAUUAAAGGACCGGAGAGCCUUAACACUCAAGCAACCUAUAGGAGUGGCAACAAUUAUUACACCAGUAAGGUUUAGAAAGUACUAUAUAAACCAUAAAAAGAAUGAUUAACAUGGCCACUAAUCUUUCUAUUGUUCUACUGGGUUUUUUUGGUUUUUUUUUACUAGUAUAUUUGCUUGUCUAUUUAAAUAUUUGCACGUCAUCUGUUUGAUCAUUAAAUAAAAAGAGCACUCUAAGUAUUUAACAUACAGUUUACCUUCUAUGAUUUUGGCAAGGCUGUUUUGAUUUUUGUUUUGUUUUUUCAAGGUUUUGGGAUUCUUUUAUUUUGUUCUAACCUCUUGGUGCCUAAUCAAAUUUAAUGAAUCAUUAAUCCAUCUAAUGGGACAUUCUCAGUAUUCAAGAAAUAAGUUGGAACUAAAGCAAUCUAUGUGAAUUCUAAAGUAACAUGCUUGGUUUUAUCCAUAAGUCACAACACAAAAAAGGAGGGCCAAUAUUUUAACCUUUUUAUUGCCUCAAAGUAAUAUUUUUGGCAAAGCUUUUAAAAUGAUUUAUUAUUUUUAGGUACACUUUUUUUAAAAUGAUUUUUUUUUUCUCCCAAAUUACCGAAAUAUAAAAAAAAUAUGUAUUGCAUCAAAAAAUACGUAAAUAUUUUUAAAAAAAAUAAAAUUUUAAAAGAUUUAUCCAAAAUAUUAAAUUGUUUGAAAAGAUUAGCCAAAAAUAUUAAAUUGAUGCCUAUAUCUGGCAGUACUCAUGUUCAGGUAGACACUACAUUCAAAGUAUAUCAUUAUGUUAUUGAAAUGAUAUAAAUAAUGAAAAUUGGUAUUUCUCCUCGUUCUACUUUGCCCAUGCCAGUGGAACUUUCCCAGUGCUAUGAUCACGAGGAAGGUGGGAGCUGCGCUUGCUGCCGGCUGCACUGUUGUGGUAAAACCAGCAGAAGACACUCCUUUAUCGGCAUUGGCGCUUGCAGAGGUACAAGCUUUCCAAACUAUUCCAUUGUGCUGUGUGUGUGUGAACAUGCUGUUUUAUUAUUUUUCUUCUGUUUUAUUAAUGCAUCCUCCCUUUAAUGUCCAUCACAGCUUGCUCAGCAGGCUGGGAUCCCAUCAGGUGUCUAUAAUGUAGUUCCUUGCUCCAGAGAGAAGGCUCCAGCAGUUGGAGAAAUCCUGUGCACAGAUCCCUCUGUAGGCAAAAUUUCCUUCACUGGAUCCACAGCGACAGGAAAGGUAACACUCAUUUUAUGCCUUUUUCAUAAUUAAGAUAUGUGAACAGGAUAUUUUGUUUGUUAUUGUGAUAGAACAUUUUCCAAUAGAUAAAACGAACAAAACCCAAUCCAAUUUCCAUAUGUAUGACAAUUGCCCACAUAAAAGCAUUUCUGUAGCAGCACACUGUACCCUGGGGAAAAGUAAAGUGGCUUGAAAAUGCAAUUGAGAAUGGGAUGAGACGAAAAGGAGCGAGUACAUUUGCUCAGCAGUUUAUGGCAUUUUGCACAUGUACCUAUAAAUAAAGCACUACAACAGUAUACACUUAAUGUUGGGAUUUAUUUUAAAUUAAAUUACAAUUCAACAUAUUUUUCUUCAUUCUUCCUAGAUUUGUGAGAUAAAUGACAACUCAUGUCUCCUCUGAUUAUAUAAAUGCCUUUGUGCUCAACGCUGGCAACAGCAAAAAUAAAGUCAUUCGUUGCAGAAUAUUAAUUAUUUAUUUUUGUAAAGCAGAAUAAUUGAAUACAGAUAGGUUUUUUUUUUUUUAGUUUAUUGCCGUAACUGAAAACUCACAAAAUAAUGUAUUGCCUCCCAAAUACUUUCUAUUAUUAAUAUCAAUUUUGUCAUCCUUGUGCAUCACAGCAUUUUCAUGACUUAUAUUGCAGUAGCUAUCUCUGCUGUGCCCCUGGCUAAAUUAACUGUAUUUAGGCAGCAGAUGAAUCAGACAGUUGGACCGAUAGCUUUAACAUCCCUUCCCCGUGUACAGAACCUGUUAUGUUUCCUGUGUUGUCAUGAAUAGAACAUUCAGUGCUAUGUUAUUACCUUGUGUCAGUAGAUGUCCCUAAAUAUCACUGUGACUCUGGAACAUGGAUUUCAGUCAAACUUUUAAUCAACCUCAAGCACAUCUGCUUCACUAGCUGAUACCUCAGUAUCAACUCAAAAUAGUUUCACACCUGUCAGGGAACACCAAGAGCUUGACCUUUUAGGGGACGCAUCCCGAUGUUCUUAAAGCUGUAGUCAUCUCAACAGAACCCACCUCCAUUAACUUUAGUUUCCAAAGCAUAUCCAACAAUUGCCUCUGAAUACCAUAUGCACACUUAGAAUCCAUACCUCAAUUAUUCUUUGCAAUAACAGCUGAACUAGUCGUUUCUCCAUGACGAUUAUGAUGCCUCCUCACCCCAUCUCCAAUUAACCUUUGGCUCUGUGUAGUAUCUCAUUGUGUAACUGAGCAAAUUGGAAAUAUUCAAUAAUAUAGUAAUCAUUUUGCUUUGUCUGCAGACGACAGUGUUGUAUUUUUGCUCAUUGGGGCACGCCACAUUCACCUGAGAGGUACAUAGUUAUAUAUUGAUGGAAAUAGAAUUGGAUUAUAAUAUUUAAUUGGAUGAAAAAAUAGGUUUUAACCAAAAGAAAGCCAAUUAACCAUAAAGCAUGUAGUGAGUUGUAUUUUAUACACUGGUAAUGAAUUAUAGGUAAUAAACAGAGCAAUUCAGAUAUAUAUUCAAAAUAUUUAUUAACAUUACUGAAUUGAGGUGAAACAAGGCUACCUCAUGAAUGUGAACCAUAUGUGUUUUUUGGGUUUUUUUUUUUUUUUGGUUUGUUUGUUCAUUAUAAUGAUAUGACAUAUUUUGCAUUCAAGCUGCAUAUUUAUUAGUAGAGGCAAUUUCUAUUUUACAUAAUCUCUAUAUUGUACUUCACUAGCCGUGUUUGUUUUACCUCUCCCUUCAAAAUGUAAUUUGAUUGAAAAGUGACCCUGAUCUAGAAUUUAGUAUCUAUUAAAUGACUAAACUAUUGGGUGCUUUAGAACAUGCAGGUACAACUGGAUAUAUUGUAGGGUGUCUGGCAAAAAUCUCAGACAGAAAGGGAUAUUUUUUAUAUACAUCAGCAUGUAGGGAUGUAUAUAAAAAAUACCCCAUUUUGUCUUACUACAGAUUUUUGCCAGAAGCUCAAGGAAGCAAGGCAAAUGGUUAGAGUUAGGACCCACCUAAGAAGUCUGCCUUGACGUGGCAGGUGGGCAUACCCUCUCAUGGCCAUUGGAGGUAACUAAAAACCUCCAUUUGUUUAAAAAUACAUAAGGAUGUGGAAAGAGCGCAGGUAACUUUUUUCCUUUGGUUUUUACAAUAAAACUUUGUAUCCCUCAAGAAAAAAAAAUGUGUUUUAUGCUUUUAAUCAAUGUGUGUGACUUGUAAUAAAGUAUUCUAAAAUAUGAAACAUAAUUAUCAUUAAAGAUAGGAAAUGGAUUUGUAAAGUUUCUACUGUUUGUGUAAUGUAUGUAGCACAAAUUGUUAAAUAGUAUUACAUUCUGGUUUCUGAAAUAAAAGCUAUAUUUAUUCAUAUGAAACAUAUUUAUAUUUUCUUUAAUACAGAUCUUGCUUCGCUAUGCAGCUGAUUCCGUGAAGAGGGUAUCUAUGGAACUCGGGGGACAUGCCCCAUUCAUUGUGUUUGACAGUGCAAAUGUUGACCAGGCUGCUGCCGGUGCUCUUGCCUCAAAGUUCCGUAAUUCCGGCCAGGUAAGACUUGUUUUCGUUUUGAUUUUAGAAUUACAAAUAUGUUAAAUGCUUAAUUUUAAUGCAUUUAUCUUCUGUGACUGGGAUUUGAAUUAAGUACAAUUAUUGCUAGCCUAUACAUUUGAUGCUUUUAUUUAUUUUUUUGAAUGAG